UCAUCUUGCUGUCCCCAGCUUAAGCAAAGACAAGGAUGGCUUCUUAUGCCAGUGUGCUUCUGUCAACUUUGCUCAUCUUCACUAUCAUUGCAUCAGUGAGUGUCAAUUUUUCGGAAAGCACAAGAAGUUUCACAAUGGUAAAUGACUGCGAGGAAACAGUAUGGCCUGGAAUUACCCACGGUGAGAACUUCAGUGGCGGUGGUUUUGCAAUAAAACCAGGCCAGUCUGUUGUCUAUACAGCUUCACCUGGGUGGGGUGGCCGCAUAUGGGCUCGAACUGGUUGCAAUUUUGACAAAAAUGGUAACGGCACGUGUCAAACUGGCGACUGUGGCACCACCCUCAAUUGCACUAGCCCGGGUAACCCACCUGCCUCCCUUGCAGAGUUUAGCCUUGGAGAAGUCGAUUUUUAUGAUGUAAGCCUUGUAGAUGGCUUUAAUUUGCCUAUAGUUGUCAAAGCUAUUAAUGGUAAAGGCAAUUGCAGCACUGCUGGGUGUGAUGGAGAUUUGAGGCAAAAUUGCCCGUCGGAGCUUGCCCUUAAGGCCAACGGAAAGGUUAUAGCUUGCCGGAGUGCAUGCGAGGUGUUCGACACUGACGAGUAUUGUUGUAGAGGAAUGCAUGGAAAUCCCGGGACAUGUUUACCUACAAACUACUCCAGGAGUUUCAAACAAGUAUGCCCAGCAGCGUAUAGCUAUGCAUUUGAUGAUCCUACCAGUCUUACAACUUGCUCUGGAGCAGACUACAUUAUAGCCUUUUGUGCAUCAAGGAACCAAACAGUGUGCUCUUACCAUGACAAGCAGCUUGCCUGUGACCAAUCAAAGGGCAUAAGACCAGUCUCUCACGGAUGGUGGGUCCCAAUGCUUGUGUUACCCUUGAUGUAUAAAUUUUCGGUAAUUUUUUAGCAAAUUCUGUAAAAAGAUGAAAAAGGAUGUGCCCACCAUUCCUUUUCACUCUCGUUUGUGUGUACAUAAUUUUCUCUAGGACAAAUGGAUAUGAAAACACUAGACAUUUGAGCAAAGAGAAGCACUAAGACGCAAGAUUCUAUCAACAAAAAAGUGUGAAAAAGUGGAAUAAAAACAAAAAAAGCUCACAAAACUUAAAUCUUGUCAA